GCUGCCUGCUUCCCUUCCAACUAAACAGUGAGACCCAGACAAAGAGCUAGGAGGACUCCUGAAACAACUACUAUUCCCUUGAAGCCAAGGCCAAUCCAACCGCCACCAUGUCGAGCAAACGCGCAAAGGGGAAGACCACCAAGAAGCGCCCCCAGAGAGCCACGUCCAACGUGUUCGCCAUGUUUGACCAGUCUCAGAUCCAGGAGUUCAAGGAGGCUUUCAACAUGAUCGACCAGAACCGAGAUGGCUUCAUCGACAAGGAGGAUCUGCACGACAUGCUGGCCUCACUAGGUAAGAACCCAUCUGAUGAGUACCUGGAGGGGAUGAUGGCUGAGGCGCCGGGGCCCAUCAACUUCACCAUGUUCCUCACUAUGUUUGGAGAGCGCCUCAACGGCACCGACCCCGAGGACGUCAUCCGCAAUGCCUUCGCCUGCUUCGAUGAGGAGGGCUCUGGGGUGAUCCACGAGGACCACCUGAGGGAGCUGCUGACUACCAUGGGUGACCGCUUCACCGACGAGGAGGUGGACGAGCUGUUUCGCGAGGCGCCCAUCGACAAGAAGGGCAACUUCAACUACGCCGAGUUCACUCGCAUCCUCAAACACGGCGCCAAGGACAAGGACGACAUGUAGAGAGACAGGCGACUGCCUCGCGGCCCACACACAUACAGUGCUUUCUAGCUGGGAUGGACUCCUCUUCAGUGAGUUUUAUUGU